UAGUGUAUGUAUAUUGUUGUCAUCAUUGUGAACUUUUUCAAUUAAAUUUUCUUUAAUUUUCUUCAUUUUGUUCGUAAAGAAAGGAAAAAAUGAUGCAUAUUAACAUAUCUGUUAUAGAAUAUUCUAUGUAAUUACGAUAAGAUUUUUAACUCUUUCAUUGUUAUUUUAAAUACAUUAAAUAUGAAAAGAUUUAGCUGUCAUCUAUCAAGAUUUUUAAACUCCAGAUUUUAUGUCCAGGAUGCUGUACAUGCUCUUCAAGGCAAUACUACACCAGUAAUAGAAUCCAAAAUCCAUUUACCAGAACCUGAGUAUAAUGUAGAGUUUUUAUGCAAUCCAAUAAAUCGAGACUUGAUAGCUACAAACAUUAUAAGGAGGAAUAGCUCGUGUAAUAUAGAUAAAGUUUUAGAAUUGUAUAAAAGUUCACAAUCAUCAUCUGAAUUAGCAAAAGAAUUAAGUAGGAUUCCCAAUCUAACUGACCCACAAGUUCUUAAAUAUCCAAAUAAUGAACCUUGUAUUCUUAGAACAAGAAAUGAUUUACCAAAAUAUGAUUUCGAGCCGCAAGAAUUCUCACAGCUAGCAAACAAAUUAAAGUUGUUAAGGACUGAUCGAUUAGGACCAGUAACUGGUUCUAAAAGCUAUAUCCUUAUGGGAGAUUUAGCAGAAAUGGAACAAGCUCUUAUAAUUUAUUCUCUGAAAGAAUUAAAAAGACAUAACUUUCAACUAAUUUCUGUACCAGAUAUUUUACCUUCGCAAAUUAUAGAAAGGUGUGGACUGAUUAGUGAUGGUGAAAGACGGCUUGUGUAUGAAGUAGAACCAUAUUAUGGUGAUGAUUUGAGUCUUUCUGGGACAGCUGAAAUGGCUUUAGCUUAUAAACUGUCAAAUAAAGUUUUCUUAUAUGAUGAAUUACCUUUGAAGUUAGCUGCUGUUAGUAGAUGUUAUAGAGCAGAAGUAUCCAAUUUGCAAGAAGAAAGGGGCAUUUACAGGGUUCAUCAAUUUACCAAAGUUGAAAUGUUUAUUUGUUCUCCUGAAAAUAAAUCAAUUGAAAUUAUGGAUGAACUAAUAAACAUCCAAGAAAAACUGUUUGGACAAUUGGGUUUACAUAUACAAGUACUUGAUAUGCCUCCAAAUGAAUUAGGAUCUCCAGCUUAUAGAAAAAUUGAUAUUGAAGCUUGGAUGCCUGGUAGGAAACAAUUUGGAGAGGUUUCUAGUUGUAGUAAUUGUACAGAUUAUCAGGCAAGAAGGCUAAACAUAAAGUAUAGAAAUAAUUAUGGUGAAAUAAUGCAUGCACAUACGUUGAACGGAACUGCCUGUGCAAUUCCUCGUAUGCUCAUUAGUAUUUGUGAAACUCAUCAAAUGCUAAAUGGAAACAUUGCAAUACCAGAACAGUUGGUGCCUUUCAUGAAUGAUAAAACAGUUAUUGAAACACAAAAUAUUUCUGAUAUAAGACAAUUCAAAAAUAAGCCCAAAUAAAUAUUGAUACAUAAAUAGUAGUUUUUAAAUUGUGUAAAGUUUUUGUAUACAAUUGGUUUUUAUUUCCUCAUUGAAUUCAAUAUCUUAUAUGUAUAUAUAAAAUAAGAGGGAAUAGCUCAACUUAAGAAUAAUUCAAUAAAUAUGAAACAUCACCUGACAGUAUAUUUUUAUAAACUGAUACAAUUAUUAUACAAAUUAAGUAAGGGAUCUGAAAGUGUACAGACACAGGCAUAGUUUGUUUUCUUAAUUUUUCUGUAUACAUUUUAUAGUGGAGAUAUAAAAAUCGUAACACAAAAUAUUUUUCUCAACGCAAUACAAUUCAGAGUCGUUAUAAAUUUACAUUCUUCCGCUCUUUUAAUAUGAAUAUCUACUAUCAUAGUCAAUGGUUCAUAAUUUCAGUAUUUUAUUUGUCUUUAAAAAAUCAGAUGCUUGAUCAAAUUUGGAACUUUAUAUCCCGCUUGUGUUUAUAAUUAUUAUUUUUUUUUCUUCUAUUUUCUUUAUCUGUUUAAAUACAGUCUCAAGCUUUCAAAAAUUUUCUGUUUUAUUUUUCGAGAAAAUAUUAGCUAACUAUUAUGUCUUGGCAAUGUUGCUUGAGU